AUGCCUCUAAAGAGUGUGGGAAUUGUGCAGCUUAAUUUGAGAGCUUUCAAUUACAGGAAUGCUUCGAUCCUCAGAGUGGCUACGCGCUUCCCCCUGGAGAGCGCGCAGGACCCCGAUGUGGGUACCAAUGCUGUGGGCUCCUACCGGCUGAGCCCCAACUCCCACUUCUCCCUGGACGUCAAGCAGCAGCAGGAUGGCAAACUCUUCCCGGAGCUGGUGCUGGAGCGUGCCCUGGACCGGGAAGAGCAGCCAGAACUGCAGCUGGCCGUGGAUGGGGGAAGCCCAGCCCGCUCGGGCACAGCGCAGAUAACGGUCCUGGUCCUGGAUGUCAAUGACAACGCGCCCACCUUUGACCGCACCACGUACAAGGUGCAAGUCCCAGAAAACACGCCUGUGGGGACCCUGCUCCUCCAGCUCAAUGCAUCUGACCCCGAUGAGGGGCCCAAUGGGGAGACGCAGUACUCCUUUGGGGUUCACACCUCUGACUCGGUCCGGAGGCUCUUCGCCCUGGAUCCCCGCAGCGGCGAGGUCCGGGUGAGUGGGGCCCUGGAUUUCGAGGAAUCACCUUUCUACGAGAUCUACAUGCGAGCCCAUGAUGGAGGGAUCCCAGAGAUGGAGGGCCACUGCGUACUGCAGGUGGAAGUGGAGGACGCCAAUGACAACCCCCCGGAGGUGCUGCUCACCUCCUUGCUGAACCCAGUGCCGGAAGACACCCCGCCGGAGACUGUAGUGGGGCUCUUCAACGUACGGGACAGAGACUCAGGGGCCAAUGGGGAUGUGAGCUUAGAGAUCUCCCCUGGUGUGCCUUUUGCCAUCAGGUCCCUUCAGAACCACUUCUCCCUGGUCACCCGGGACAGCCUGGACCGAGAGUCCACCUCACAGUACGUAGUGGAGCUGAUAGCCCAGGAUGGUGGGUCUCCCGCCCUCACCACGACACUCACGCUGCUCCUCAACAUAUCUGACGUGAACGACAACCCCCCGCGCUUCCUGCAGCCCUCCUACGAUGCCUUCCUCCCGGAGAACAACCCACCUGGCUCCCUACUGUGCACUGUCUCUGCCUCGGACCCUGAUGACGGGGAUAAUUCCCAUCUCGUUUACUCUAUAGAGAGUGGCCAAGUGCAGGGUGCCCCCAUCUCUUCCUUUGUCCACAUCAACCCUGACAAUGGCAACCUCUAUGCUCAGCGCACCUUUGACUUUGAACUGCUGCAGGUUCUGCCGGUCUCUGUGGCCGUGCGGGACUCGGGGUCCCCCCCGCUCCAUGCCAACGUUACCGUCUACAUCUUUGUUCUGGACCAGAAUGACCACCCCCCCACCAUCCUGCACCCUACCAGUGACAGCGACAUCCCGGCACCCCAGAGGGUCCCGCUGUCUGCCCCACCGGGCUACCUGGUCACCAAGGUGACAGCAGUGGAUGCGGAUGCCGGGCACAAUGCCUGGCUCUCAUACCGACUGCUACCGCAGUCCACUGACCCCUCCUUGUUCCACGUGUCGCUGUACACUGGGGAGGUGCGGACAGCGCGUGCCCUCCAGGACACCGACGUGGUAGCACAGCAGCUCAUCGUCCAGGUAACGGACAAUGGCGAC